UGGAAAGAGAGAGAGAGAGAGAAAGAAAGAAAAGGUAGAGCGCACUUGACGAAAAUGGAGCUUUGACUUAUUUUAUUAAAACUAUAUUUAUGGCUCAUUCACAAGUGAGCUUCUUCAUCUCUCAUCGAAGUAUGCUUUGUGAAUGAUUUAUUUCACCCAUGUGGUGUAAUUAUUAAAACAUUGAUAUUUGAUUAUGUUUCAUUUUGAAAUUAACUUAAAGUGAGCUGUGAUCAGCUAUUUAAAAAUGCCAAUCCAAGCACCACAGUGGACAGAUUUUCUGUCUUGUCCAGUUUGCUGUAAUUUGUUCAAUGAACAGUAUUAUCGUCCUAUCAGUCUGGGCUGUGGUCACACAGUGUGCAAGAGCUGUCUCUCGAAACUUCAUUCUAAGAAGUGUCUAUUUGAUCAGAGUAUAAUUUCUCGCACCAUUGAAGAAUUGCCUGUAAACUAUGCACUGCUGCAGCUGGUCGGUACAGCCAUUCCUGAGAAAGAGACCAUUACUAUAAGUGAUCGAUCUGAGCACUGCAGAUCAUAUGAGUCUGCUAAUCGAUGCAUUGAACAGUUAGCUGUGUAUCUAAAACCUUUUUCUGCAGGUGCUGGAAACACAAAUGCUAUUCUUAGCAGACCGAUGCAGAGAAAGCUGGUGGCCCUGGUUAACUGUCAGUUAAUUGAAGAGGAAGGACGUGCUCGUGCCAUGCGUGCUGCACGCUCUUUGAGUGAAAGAACAGUUACCGAGCUUAUCUUACAGCACCAGAAUCCACAACAGCUAUCGGCUAAUCUCUGGGCAGCUGUCCGUGCAAGGGGAUGCCAAUUUUUAGGACCAGCUAUGCAAGAAGAAGUGCUGAAACUAAUUCUUCUUGCUUUAGAAGAUGGAUCAGCACUAUCCCGCAAAGUGCUUGUCCUUUUUGUUGUACAGCGACUUGAACCACAAUAUCCACAAGCUUCUAAGACAGCUAUUGGUCACGUAGUACAGCUACUCUAUCGAGCUUCUUGCUUCAAGGUUACCAAACGCGAUGAAGAAUCUUCUCUCAUGCAACUAAAAGAAGAGUUUCGUACUUAUGAAACCUUACGACGAGAACAUGAUGCUCAGAUUGUUCAAAUUGCAACAGAAGCUGGUUUAAGGAUAUCCCCGGAUCAGUGGUCUUCUCUUUUAUAUGGGGACACUGCUCAUAAGUCACAUAUGCAGUCCAUCAUCGACAAGCUUCAAACUCCACAGUCAUUUGGACAAAGUGUCAAUGAAUUAGUGAUAGCCCUCCAGCGUACUGGAGACCCUGGCAACCUGUCUAGGUUACGGCCUCAUUUUGAACUGUUGGCUAACAUUGAUCCGUCUCCAGAUGCUCCAAUUCCUACCUGGGAGAAUCUGGAAGCUGUAAUGAAAGCUGUACAAACUGUGGUAGAAGGCCUUGUGGACUUCAUCCAGCACUACAGCCACAAGAAACAUGAGCCAGCUAAUCUACACAACACCAAAUACAAGACAAACAUGUGCCGGGAUCUCACUCAGAAAGGAAGUUGUCCUCGGGCUGCCAAUUGUACUUUUGCUCAUUCCCAAGAUGAAAUGGAAAAGUACCGUGCUCGAAAUAAGAAGUUUGGUGGUAAGACAGGUACAUCUUCGGUUGCGGGUCUUACGCCGAAAGAAAAAGCUGAGUUGGAUCAAGUGACCAAGUCCACCCGUGAGAGGAUGAUUGCAAAAUCUGCACGGCAAGAUACUUUCAACCCAAUGGGUAUUAAACAUAUUUCUGUGAAACUUAAUAGCAGUUCCGAUUCUGUGAACACUGAAGGUUCCCCGCCAGGUUCGCUGUCGACAAUUUGUUCUCCAAACUGCAACACCACCAAUCCAACAAUGACUGCCACCACCACCAGCAUCACUACAGCCACCCCAAUAACUUCAUGUAAACCUAAUAUGACGCAAGUAUCAGCAGGCCUCACCAGCAACACUAGCACGGUCUCUUCAGUUUCUUAUCAGUUAGGAAGUGCUAAUUCUUACAAUAAUACUCAUAUCAAACAUGAAAGUUCGUCGCCAGUGCCUGUUACUCACAGCCAUACUAUCUCCAAUUCCACUCCAUGCAUCGUGCCCUAUGAAAUACCACCACCUAGUCAUAUCUUAGAUGGGAACUAUUAUAAACCAGCUCCAUAUUGCAUUCCUCCGUGUCAUCAAAGAAUGCCAGUUCCUCACCCUCAGUAUUUGUUUAACUAUCGAGUCGAUCAAGGAAUUCCUCAUAUGCAAUAUCGUGCUUCUACAAUCAGCAUGCUUGACAUCCAUUCAAUGCCGGUUGCAUCCUAUACAGAUCCAUGGAAGAAGCCAGUUAAUCACUUCGAUCAAAAAUCCAAAGAAACUCAUGUCCAACAGAGAAUAGUACCCACGUCCGGUCCGUUUCCUGAUCAUAGUGGCUGGGAACAGCCUGUGCCAUCAAAUACUAUUUCUCAGUCGAAGAGUCUGGAAGAUCUUCUGGAUAGACGUCUUGAGAUAUUGAACAUUGUGCAGAAGAAAGAGAUGUCUCCAACUGAAAUCCCAACAACCGGAGCCCCUUGCACUCCAGUCACUAAUGCCCCUGCUAUCUACCAAGGUAACCACCGGAUGAAUGUGUCUAUGGAGGUCAAUGAUGUCGGGGUAGAGCCUAAAAUGAUUACAACAUCAAGCCUGACGAAGAGCAAAUCUUACGUGUCAACAGCUACGACUCCCUCUCUUUCUUACAGAACUUCUUGUGGUUCUCUUAACAAAUGUACCACAGCAGAGUCCAGUUAUGUGUCCUGGUCUUGUGGUGACAGUCCAAAUGCGGCAAUUUAUUCCCCGCACCACAAUCUCAGCAAUUGUUCACCACAAAACUCUGUUGAAAUUGAUGCAAACCGUCCAAAUAAAAACUCAUCUAAGGACCAUUCAUCAGUGUUCAAUAUAUUUAGUGAUAUUGAUUCUCCAAAGAAAGAUAUCUAUGAGGAUUCGAGAGAAGAUUUUGCUAGACAUUCCCAUGGUGAGAAUGAUGACUUCAUUCCUUUUGAUCCACCAAUUGUGUCAAAGUUUGGUCCCAUUUCUCGUACCAAGGUGAAAGACAAGACGACUUGCCCAGUGCAAGUUACUGCGGAAGGGAACACGCCUCAGGUGAUCCCUGUCACAGCUUCUACACCCUAUGAACACAAUUAUAUGGUGAGCUCUUCUUUAGCGCCAUCUAGUUACAAAAACAUUGUGAUAACAAACUCCAAUCAAAGCCAGCUGCGGCCCGACGCCAAGCCGUUUGUCUCCUCAAGUCUGCCUGAGACCAUUGAAACUACUGAUGAAAACACAACUAAUUCAGGUGAACCGUACACACUUUGGAACUAUCAAGAAACUCUGCAAGAGAAGAGCAACAGCAAGAUCAAAAAGGAACUGUCGCAGUUAGCUCAACAAUCUCAGAUUGCAAGUACCGAUGGAGAGAAAUUAGACCUUGAACUACGUACCAUUAACUUACAGAUUACGCUGAAAAUGAAAAGUCUACACAUGGCUUUGGAAGCACAGCUAAAAGAAUCAAAUAUGUUGAACAAGAAAAGGAAACAAGAACAAGAGGACAGACAGUAUGCUGAGGAUCUUGUCAUUGAAGAACUUGUCCAAAAGGUCAAAGACACAAAUAGUGAUGAUUAUAUAACAGAUCCUGAACCAGCUGAUGAGAUAGCAGAAAGUUAGGGUAUGGUGUUGGCAAUUGGUAACAUGAUGAAGGCACUGGUAUAGUUACCAAUUGGCCAUUUUCCUAUUAUAAUUCAUACAUUGGUGUAUUAUUUGCAGAAAGAACAAUAGAAUGUAAAAAUAAAAGAAAAUAAAAAAAAAUGAGCAAAAAAAAAACUGAAGCUAAGGAACUUUUGUAUCUUAUAAUCAAACAUUGUAUUAAACUUUGGUAAGUAGUGGACCAAAAAAACUCAUAAAAACAACAAAAAAUACAGACCACACCCAUUAUUAAAGGUUUAGCAAUGGUAAAAAUAGGAUGAAAACUAAAUAUUUAAAAAAAAAAAAUCCAGCAAAACAAAAAAUAAAAAAAAAAAAAACAACCAUUUUUAUGGUUAAUUGAUCUUAAACCAUUUUUGUUUAAAACUUGGGUGGCCUGCCAUUGUAGCAUCGCCGGAAGUUAAAAUGUGUUAAUAAUGAUAAUAAUAAUAUUAAUAAUGAUAAUAAUGAUAAUGAUAAUAUUAUUAACACACUAUGUUGACUGUACUGAAAGUCAUUAAUCUAAACGGUUGUUAUUACAACUUCAAUUGGAUUUACUACAUUGUCACCACAAUGGAAGAAAUACAUUAAGAAAGUGAUAAAGAAAGAAGUCUUUUUUCCCCUUAUCAAAGAAAGAACCCCACCCUCUCCCUUCCCUUAAAGAUUUCUUGCUAAUUAAGGAAGGAGGAAAACAAGUAAAAAAAAAAAAAAGAAAGAAAUUUUAAUACAGGAUAACAAUAUAAAAAACUGAUUUUUAAAAAGUCAUUUGAAGGAUGAGAGU